CUCUCUGUUUCUAUGGUGGUAUGGUAGGUAUUUAGGGUUUUGGAUUUUUCUAUCUUUGUCCAAAACCCUACUACCCCCUUAAAGGGAAAGCUUCGUUUUUUUUUGUGACGUUUAAACUUCUCUUACAAGUAUACUUCUUCAUCUUCCUCUUUCUGGGUUCGAGAAUUCUCGCCUAAAUCAUUAUCUCUGAGCUAAAUUUUCGGAUUUCACUCAAUUAUAUAACUUCUGAGUAUCGAUUCACACGAAGAUUUGGGAGGUUAGGGUAAUGGUAGAAACGGAAGAGAAAUCUGGUAAGUGUGAAGAAAUUAAACUUAAGCGUCGUCGUGUGAGUAGCUCAGAGAUUGACUCUGUCGCCCCAGAUACACAAAAGUACAAGAGAGUUCAUCUCUGUAGAGCAAAACCAUCUUAUCUUCUGAGUCUUGGAAAUAAUGAAAGCAGAAGCGAGUAUCUCAAUAGAUUACCAGGGAUCCUUCGUGAGCUUCUUCGUAGGAGAAAUUGGAGUGAUGCAAGUCGUGUUCUUUCAGUUCUGAUGAAAGGGACUAUGAAUGAUCAUUGCCCCAAGAUGAAUCGUCUCAAAUACGAGGCUCAUAUACAAAUUGUAAAUCACUCGGAAACUCAGAAAAAGAAAGCCGAUGAGAUUGGAAGAAUAUAUGAUACUUGGAUUGGGCAGAUUGGUAAACAACAUAAAAAGGAGAGGCUCUUGGUUUGGUACGAGCAAAUUUGUCAUUUUAUUGAGCAUGAGAUGCACACUGACGCUAAAAGUGCUGCAAUCAGCUUGAUGCAGAACCGUGAUUUUGGAAUGCUUCCACGGGCCAAUCUUUUUAUAGGAAUCAUAUUCUACAAGUUGUGGUGUAGUAAAUUCUCGAAGGAAUUACAGCCUGAAGAGGCAGAUGAUGACAACAAAAGCUUAUCCAAUAUGUCGGAAUCAAAAUCCAAUAGUCUGGCUGAGUGUUCAGGCGGGGAUGAUUCGGCUUGCUCUGUGGCGUCAGAGGUUUCUGCUAGAAAAGAUUCAGAGACUUCCGUCAUGAAUGGUAAAAAGGGUUCCCAUUUGUCAAUCAGUGACUCAGGAACAAAGAUGGAUACGAAGGUAAAACUAAAGAGUACUCCACAUGUUACCACUUCACCACAACUCUAUGCAACCUCUGAAGAAAACGAAGGCUCUUUACGGGAUGGAGUUGAAUUUGAUCCCACUGUUAUUAGUAUUCUUGGCGACAUGGAUCCAUGGUUGCUUCCUUUAAAACCACCAAAAGAUCCUGAUUGCUACAAUAGGAUUGUCAAUGAUUCGUAUUAUAAGGAUGCUGUGAAACAUAUGCGGCAAACUCUUCAGUCCCCGUGUCAUGUAUCUUUGCCGGCAUUACAUCCACUUGUACAGCUUCUGUUAAUUGGAGGUCAUGUAGAUGAAGCGAUGAAAGUGGUCGAGGAGAUGUGCAAAAAAGUACAAGACAUAAAACCUUUCAGGAUUAAGGCCCUAAUGAUGGAGAAAUUUCAUCGUAACAGCGACAUGCUUGCAAAAUCCUAUGAAGAUAUCUUAAAAAUUGAUCCUUGUUGUAUAACUACCCUUAAAAAGCUUAUUGGAAUGUGCAUAGAAGAUGAGUAUAGUAGAGACUCACUAAUCGAAAUGAUAGCAUUGCAUGUAGAAGCUUCUUUUCCUGAGCCUGAAAUCUGGAAAGAGUUAGCCUCUUGCUUCAGUCUCUUCUUUGAGAAUCUUGAUGAAGACCGAAUGUCGGUAUGCCUCGACGACAGAUCUGGAGAUAAACGAAACCAACAGUCAUAUUCUGUUAGAUACAACCCGACGCCAAAAAUGUUCACCAGUAAAUUAUGGGCUCUUCGGGCUAAGUGCUGGCUAAACCGCCAUUUCUCCCCGGAAAUGCUCGAGACAGAAAAAAAAAACAGUAUAGUGACAGGAGACUGGGAGAUGAUGAGUUACAAAGCAGCAUGUGCAAGUCACAUCUACGGACGAGAUUUUGGUUAUGUUACAAAAGUUUACGGAUUCUUGAAGAAUAGCAACAACGUAGAGUUUUUCAACUUCUUGCGAGAACACAGAAGGAACUGGAACAAGAUUUACAAUUUUGAAUAGUGUUAUUUUUUUAGGCCAAACAAUUUUGAGUAGUUUACUCAAAUUAUAAGGAACCCCCAUUUUUCUUUUUAGUAUACAUGAUACUAUGGUAGAAGAUAUACAUCGAUUUUGAGUAGUUUGAUUUUGUAGUUUCACUAAAAAAGUUUACUGUAA